AUGGGGUCCACGCCGAGGAGAUUAAAGAAUUUUCCGGCGAGAAAAGGAUCGACGACCACAAACUACAGAAGAAGAUCUAGACCUCAUCAUAAUAAAUCAACAAUAACGAGGACAUCUUCUGUUUCCGACAAGCUGGAGGCUCUGAAGAACCUCAUACCCGCUCAGGAAAACGACAGAGCCGCUUCUACAACCACCGCUACUGCCACCGCAUCAUCAGCCGAUCAGUUGUUUCAAGAAACUGCCGAUUACAUUCUCCUUCUACGCACACAAGUCUCAAUUUUACAAAAACUAGUCGAUUUUUACGGCUCCUCUUUCUCCUCCCUUGUACAGCAGUAA